AUGGUUCGCGUGAAUUCCCAAGACCAAGAGAAAGGGAUCUUCAUCGACCCACACAUUGGUUCACAGAUGUACAAACACCAGAUUGAGGGUGUAAGGUUCAUGUGGCGCGAGGUUGUCAAUGGUGGCGGUGGUUGUCUCCUGGCUCACACAAUGGGCUUGGGAAAAACGAUUCAAUCAAUCACAUUGCUCUUGACGAUUGCAGAUGCAUGUCAAGACGAGGACGGGAAAGCUCAGAUCCCGAAAGCCUUACAACCGAAAGCCUUGCAGCAAAAGGCCGUACAAACGAAGGCAAUACAACCGAAACUUCAUGCUGUCCUAGUAUGUCCACCUGCUCUCAUUAAGAAUUGGGAAGAUGAACUCAAGCAUUGGGUGCCAGCUUCGAAAAGUCACCUGGUUAGCCCGGUCCGGCUUCUGGAUCGCGAAGUCCCCGCACAUUACAGGGCGUUAGUUGCAACAGAUUGGGUUCAUACGGGAGGCACCCUUAUCGUUGGAUAUCCGCUCCUCGCCAUGGAAAAAGGAAAAACUGAUUACGCAGAAGCGAUCUUCAAUGCAGCAACAAUCGUGAUUGCCGAUGAGGCCCACAUGAUGAAGAACACGACCGGGCGGGUGCGAGGUGUGAUGGGCCAAUUCAAAACGAGAAGUCGAAUCGCCUUGACUGGAACCCCGUUGAGCAACAACCUGGAAGAAUACUACUCGCUCAUUGAUUGGGUUGAUCCAGACUACCUUGGGUCGCUAUUGAAGUUCAGAGCCAUCUAUCAGAAUCCCAUCACCAAUGGUCUCUACAAAAACUGCGACAAAGCUACUCGGCGAAGGGCGUUGAAACUUCUCGAAGUCUUGAAGCGGACAAUCGCACCGAAGGUUCAGUUUCGAGACAUGAUAUCCGUCAUCAGUGACCCGGAACGCGACAUUGUCCUUCCCCCCAAGGUAGAAUUUCUCAUCCAUGUGCCGUUGACGGAAGUCCAGAAAGCAGUAUAUGAAUGCUAUGUCCAAUGGUUUCUUGAUAAGGGACCAAAGACGCUGGGGGAACAGCCAACUCCAGAGUCCUUUUUGACGGGCAUUGGGGACCUUGGGUUGGUAUGCAACCACCCGAUCCUGUUACUGGAUCGGAUUGAGAAGCGGUUGGAGUCAAAGAAUCUGGAAGUGAGGAAUCAGCCUGGCUCUCCACUGCCAGGUCAGGAUUCAGAGAAGAGCGAAGAUACGGGGGCUGAGAAUGGAGUUGCUUUCACACCAGUGGCUAACAGCCUGGUGAUCCUUCGUGACAAAAUCGUCAAGAUCAUUGAGGAAAUGGUCGGGACUGAGGGUCGAGAACAUUCUCUCUCCCACCAAAUGGAUCUGUUCGUCCGCCUUGUGCAGAGCACAAUCAGUGCCAAGGAGAAGCUUCUGGUUUACUCCGCCAGUAUUCCGGUCCUCAACUAUGUGCAAACGCUGCUUACUUCACUGGGAAUCAGUUCCCUUCGUGUGGAUGGCCAAGUUCCAAGCCAGUGGCGACAGGGACUCUCCAAGCAGUUCAAUAAGGGAGAUGUCCCAGUAUUCCUCAUCAGUGCUGCAGGAGGAACAGGGUUCAAUUUGCCCGGAGCGAGCCGAGUGGUAAUAUUCGAUCUGGCCUUCAAUCCCUCCUAUGAAGAGCAAGCAAUCGGUCGAGCUUACCGCCUUGGCCAGAAGAAAGAUGUUUUUGUCUACCGCUUCAUCGCUGCUGGCACCUCCCAGGAAAAGCUAAAGAAUGUCCAGAUCCACAAGAAGCAACUUUUCAUCCAAGCUUUGGACAAUAUGCAUCUCAAGAGCGCCGCGACGAAACCCAAGGAUUAUUUCGAUCCGCCGAAAGAUGCUGACUUCAAAACGCUUGAUGAGUUCAAAGGGAAGGACUCGAAAGUCCUGGAUCAGAUUCUGAGAAUUUCCUCCACCGACAGUCACCAUCCAUCUAUUACGGAGAUCGAAACAACCGAGACGUUCCGAAUUGAGGAGGAAGACGAGUUUACCAAGGAUGAGAUCGAGGAAGCUGCCGAGGAAGUCAAA